GCCGGCGUUUCCUCGCCAGUCAAUGAUAUUGGCAUUAUUGUAGAAGCAUAUUGAAUCAUAUUGGACUUCUCUUCGAUAGUAUAACACUGGUAGAACAGAGAGAGGAUAGCAUGUGGUUAUGACAACAUACCGGAGUUGUUCAAGGAGGAUUAAAUUAAAACAAAGUGAGAAAAGUGUAUUUGUGGAAAUAUUUGUGAACGAUAAUGUAUGUUUGUAUAGUUUAUUGAGAUGCAGGUUGCGACAAAAAUUGCGAAGUUAAAAUAAUGGAAUUUAGUGUACUUCUUUCCCUAUAAUAUUUGUUAAAUGAAUGAUUUUUAAUGUAAAUAGUGAUUCAUUUGGAUUACAUAUGUCUUUGGAAAUAAUGUGGAAAAUAGAUUGUGUUAUACUCCGAGCCCUAUUUUCUAAAUUUUGCAUAAACUAGCAGCUUUACUUUAACUGGCAUUGUUUGUAGCACUUUUGAUUACUGGCAUAUGCAACAAAUUGCGAAAAGCAUAUUGAAGUGCUAGUUACCUAAUUAUUUACAUCAGUCGUAACGUUAUGGAAAAAAAUUCUUUGGAAGGAAAGAAGUCAGAGUAAUUUCAGAGUAAUUUCCGUGAUUCUGAACUUUGCUAUUUCCUUUCGAGAUACUGACCUUAUUCGUGUAGAAUAGACCAGUAAUGAGGACAGUAAUCCGGAUUGCACGGAACUUGUAAUUACUGCUUCUGAGGAUUGCAAAUUGGAUGUAACUCCAGUGAUUCUUAAUUUGGAAUUUUAAGCGAGCCAUUCGGUUCAAUGGAAGUACUUACACACAAGGCAUUUGGUACUUAUGGAUGAACUUGAGCGGGAUUUGUAUCUAAAUGAUUUAUUCUGAUAAAAUCUAAGGAUAAAAUUGGAAAUUAUGUGAGCAAAAUGACAAUAGGAUGGUGCAAGCAUGUACGGAGGGCAACAAUCGCUACCACUGUAGUUAGCGUUUGGAUUGUAACGUUUAUUGCUGUGUGUGCAGAAAACGUUACCUCUGCCAUUACAACACGUCAAACCAUUCCACGAUUUCUGCGGACACCGACAAAUGUAACAGUGCAUCGCGGAGAACUGGCAGAGUUAAUGUGUCACAUUCAAAAUCUCGGACCUAGAAUGGUGGUGUGGAGGAAAGCCUCCGAGGAGAAUCCAUUGACAUUAGGGACAGCAACUUUUACACCUGCAACUGAGAUAAGCAUCAAUCAGGUUGACAUAUCCCCCGGUGAAAGUAAAUGGAAUUUACUCAUUAAAAACGUACAGCCAAAACACGCUGGUGUAUAUGAAUGUCAGAUAAGCUCAACGGGCAUCUACACACAUUAUGUUGCCCUUAAUGUUCUUAAAAGUCCAGCAGUAAGAAAACCACAAUUAACCAUUACGGGUACGCAGUAUGUAAACCAAUACAAUGACAUACAUUUAGUGUGUAAUGCAACAGGUGUUGACAGAGCACCGGAAGACGUGGACUGGUUUUUCAACGGAAACAGAAUUCAUACAUCGCAUCCUCAUUGGUAUGGACGAAUAGAAAUAGUGAAACAUCGACCUCUUCCUGGACGUUCUUAUAUAAGUGAAUUAAUUAUACACCUCAGUACAAUGGAAGACCAGGGAAACUAUGUGUGUCGAAGUUCUGAUUUAAACGUUAACAGUAUGAAUGUACAUAUCUUAAAUGAUAAAGAAACUGGAAUAAAGAUACGAGCUCCGGGUGAAGAAAGUGGAAUGAUGAAAACGGAAGACACGGGUAAAAGCAAAGCGGCAAUGGCUGAUAUAUCAUUGACAUUUACUUUAAUAAAUGUAUUCAUGUUGACCGCAUUAACUUGAAAUCUAUAUGUUGUAUUUUUAAGUAGGUAAUCAGGCAGGUAUACCAUAAUGUGAAACUAAUUAUAGAGCAACAAGAUGGUAUUUAUAUUUGACAAGAAAACAAUUCAUUGGAGAAGCAGAUCUCUGCAGAUCAUAAUGUUAUUCCUAGGAAUAAGAAUGUUGUAUAACAGAUGUGUAUGGCGACCUUAAAGUGAAAGUGCUCUCGUUUAAAUUGAAGAUUUAUCUUGAAUUAUGAGUCUGCGCUGAAACUGUGUUGUGCACAGACCUCUGUGUCGAUAAAAGCUCGUCUGCUUUGACAUGCAAAUAUAACGAGCGUUUGGAGUACAGAGAGAUGGUUGACGGUUUUGAAGAUGAAUUUACUUCUAUUGCUGAAACUGUGAUUUUAAAGUGAUAGUGUUGUUGAUAAUUUGGAGCCGGUUGAGACUAAUGAUCGGAAUGAUGGAAACGUACUAUGGCUCUCUUUCAUAGUUUAUGUGCAGUAUGUUGUAUAGAGAGUUGCAAAACUUUCAAACAUUUGUGUACAAGGGAACUUUCUAGACUUCAUCAGUUAGGAUCAGUCGAGUUUAUUCCAGUUUAGUAUUUUAAUACUCCUUACGUUGAAUUGUAUUCAUUUGUCAUUGAGUAUUAAAACAACAGAUGGCAUUAAUUAUAUAUAAUAUUAUUGAAAUUAAUUUCAAAAUUCUGAUGUACAUGUACGAGAUUGCAUUCUUAAUAAUUGAAACUUCCAAUUUAGAUGCAGUUUUAUGUCAUCAUAACGAAUGCGUUAGUAAUGUUUUAAUGUCGAAACUCUACAGCCCACAUUUAGUAUUUACUAUAAGCAAAAUUCAAUCCCAAAAUAUUGGAAAAAUACGCACCAUAAUCAUUUUGAAAAACGGCAUCACUUAAUCGGGUAUGAAAAACUUCCCAUGUCAUUUUACUCAUUAAAUGGUAUCACUUCUAUAACAAAUUAAAAAAAUGCAGCUUUCGAACAUUACAUGGUUUAAUUCUCUAUGAAAAAUAUAACGGCAUAUUUCACAUAUUGAAAUAUUGUGCCUUAAUGUUGUGUAGAUACAUAUGUUGUGGAUAAACUUGGUUGUGACUGAAAAGCAAAAACGUACGAAGCUACUUUCAAAGGCUAGUAUUUGUUUUCAGUAUGGAAACAACUCCUUCAAACUGAAUUUCUGUUAGUUGACAAGUAAGUAAAAGAAAGAACGCGGUAUUCUGGUUUUACAGCAGUACUCAGUACUGCGACGAUGAUAGUGUCUAAAAAUGUUGAGUCUAAGAAUAAAUGCAUAUAUCGCUGAAUGGACCUUGAUAGAAUAAAUCCAGUAAAAGAUUGCAAGUGCUUUUGAUUAAAAGGCAUCUGUGUAAUAUUAUCCUUAAUCUGUUUCAAACGCAUUUUACAAACCACGUGGUACAAAGUAUUCAACACAGAUAUCAGAAUAUGGUAUUGAGUCUGUGCAAAACGAUAUAGAGAAUAAUAGGUUUGUGCCGUAGAUGAGAAAGUUUAUCUGGCGAGGUGGAGGAGGUUAUCGGGUGGGCCGAAGGCGAACUUUGAUAACGUCCGGAGCCGAGCCAGAUAAACUUUCUCCAUCUUAGGCACUAACCUAUUAUUCUAUUUAUCUUGUCAUUACUUCAUUUUCCGAUAUUUGGCAAUUUAUUUUACAAAAAUAAGUGUACGACAACCGUUUUAAUGACGUCAUAUUCGUAAUGACGUCACUUAUAUAAUGACGUAAUCACCGACAAAAUCGCAAUAACUUCUUCGUUUUUGAAUAAAAACUCAUUAUUUGACCACUCAUUUUCUUAGUUCGGACAUUUCCAACACAACGGUGAUGGUUUCAAUGCAAAAUUUCUUAUGACAACAAUAUCGAUCAUAAGGUCACAUGAUCAACUGACCGUAUAUCACUGGUCACGUGUCAACUGACAGUAUAUCAAGAAAGAUAUACGGCACCCUGAUAUCAGGUCGAAAAUACUGCAAGUAACAGGAUAAUGAAAAUUAUAAUGACCUUUUCAUAAAUGUCUACUAUCGUUCUUUGUUUUUACUAAUGUCUACUCCUGUAUUUAAAUGUAAACAUUUGUCUUGCAUUCUUUUUUGAGUAGAAAAUUCGUGUUAGCUAUAUAUCAUUAGUAGAUUCGAUGAAUUGAAACUGAACACUGAGCUAUGAAGAAAAGAAUUGUACGGAUGCAGUUUCAGUUGUUACAGUGUAUAUACAAUAUGAAAUUUGUUUCUUCGCAUACGGGCAGUUAAAAUCAAAUAUAAAUUACCAUAUAUACGUAGGUCCACUUACCAGAGACAUGUUUUCACAUUAUUAUAGGUUCAUGCUCUUGUUGUAUUAUCUCUACACCUCGGACCAUUCAGACUGAUUUAUCUAUUUUUACGAACAAUGUUGUAGCUGGUAUAAAAUUGGCAUUCUUGAAUAUGACCAUGCCUUUUCUGCAAGGUAAAAAUGCACUGAUGUAAUCCAUAUGCAUAUUAUAAGAAGAUGAGAAGACCAUUACAAUUUAUUCAUGCUGAAUAAACUAUAUAGUUAUUCUUGCACUUUCGCACAACUCUUUGAAUUGUUAGUCCUCAGAACAUCUAUAUGCUGUACUGACCUUACUCGUUACUCUUGAUUUUGAUAGUCAUACGUCUACUAAAUCGUGAAUCUUUCUGUAUUUAGGGAGUCUUAUAACUGAAACACCGCCUACAAUUUACACUACUAUUUAUUUGAUUGAGACAUUUUGUUUCAUAUUUGUUAUCAUGUUAAUAAAGAUAAAUGUUUAUG